UGAUCCGACAGCAAAAUGAAGCGAGUUUUGUUUUACCUUGCCAAAAUGGCUGACGCGUCUACGUUGCGUGUUAAGAAAAUACCCGAUGAUUUAUACGAGCUGUGCUUAACAAGUUUAGUGAACUACUUGCAGAAAUCCAAGUGCGAGCGGAAUGAUUUGCGAUCACUGCCGGACAGCAUCCUCAUGGAUGUAUAUUACAAGAUGCUCCAGGAGAAGAGGCUCUGCAUCCUCGGCGCGGAGCUGUCAGAGCUGGACAUCUUCGAGAGGCUGCUGCGCUUCGGCGGCACCCAGCUGAGGCUGCUCCAGUGCUUCCAGGCCGUUAUAGAGCAUGGAUCGAAGCUGUCAGCAGAGCUGGCCACCGGCUAUCUAUCGCGCUGCGACGCCAACGCGCGCUCUGAAGAAUGCCUGAUCCAACUGGGCCUGCGGCUCGGUGGUUUUCUGAAUGAGGCAGGCUGGUACGCGGACGCACAACGCGUAUUGUUACGUUGCCGCGCGCUGUGCCGCGCGCAGCCGCCGAGCGCGCACUACACGCGACUCACUCUCGAAUGUUGCCACAGACUGCUAAACACACAAUCCGCCUACUGCUGUUUCCCGGCCGCGGCCGAAACGUACGCACUAGCGCUCGACCUGCUGAGCCUCACCGACGACGCUCCCACACAGACCGCUCGCCCAGACACGCCCAGACAUGUCUCCGAGGAGUGCAGCCGCAGACUGGACACAUGCGACAUCCUCUCCCAAGUCCCCGGGCUGACCGACCCGCACGAGCCGGCCAGCGAGUGGGCGCUCUCAGCGCUCCUAGCGCGCCUCUUCAAGGAAUUCAGCGCUCUGUUCUUCGUGCGCUGCGACUACAGCGCCGCGCACGCGUGGGCCAUGCGCGCCUUACGUCUGCUGCGUCCCGAUACGCCGGCAAAGAUCACAAUCGAAGUCCUUCGAGCGUGCGGCAAAGCGUGCGUAGUUAAACGACGCUUCGGUCAAGCGGGGCUCCUCGUCCGGCAGGCCGUAGCACUCGCCCGGCAGGCCUUCGGCGCUACGCACCCGCGCUACGCCGCCGCGCUGCUCGACUACGGUUUCUAUCUGCUCAACAUCGACUCCAUCCCGCACAGUGUGGCCGUGUACGAGGAGGCACUAGCAACACUGCGCCGCGUAUUCGGCCGGAGCAGCCUACACGUAGCCACGGCACAAGAGGACCUAGCAUACGCACUGUAUGUGCUAGAAUACUCCUCCGGUCGCUUCUACAAGGCGCGCGAUCACGCCGAGCGCGCAAUCCGUAUUAUAGAGACCCUGGUGCCGACAGACCACCUGCUGCUGGCGUCGGCGAAGCGCGUGAAGGCGCUCAUCCUCGAGGAGAUCGCGCUCGACACGCCCGCGCCGCACCAGGAGAUGCGCGGACAGAACGAACCAUCACUACUAGAAGAAUCAGAAGCGCUCCACAAGGCGGCGCUCCAGCUCUCCAUGAUGGCGUUCGGGGAGAAGAACGUACAGACCGCCAAACACUACGGCAACCUCGGCCGACUGUACCAGAGCAUGCACAAGUUCCAGGACGCAGAAACCAUGCACCUGAAAGCAAUCGCGAUCAAAGAAGAGCUUCUAGGGGCGGAGGACUACGAGGUGGGCCUCAGCAUCGGCCACCUCGCCUCGCUCUACAACUACCACAUGCAGCAACAUAGGGCCGCUGAAGCGCUCUAUCUGCGCUCCAUCGCCAUCAGUCUAAAACUGUUCGGGUCCCGCUACUCCGGCCUCGAGUACGACUACCGCGGCCUCGUGCACGUGUUCACGCAGCUCAAGCGGCACGACCGCGCCAACCACUACUCGGAGCUGCUGCAAGACUGGCACGAUCUACGCGAGCAGUCCAAAACGGAACAGCAGCCGGACUUAGGCGCGGAGCAAGUUUUGCCUUUAGACGAGCUCCAAGCUAAGCUGUUCGCGCCCAACGACUGAGCGCCUCGCUCCGCUCGCGGUUCCCACCCAGCCCUCAACCCAGGCGGCUAACAGCUACAUCACGCCAGGACGCGAUUUAGCAAAAAUAUUGCAAUUUAUUUUGACAUAAAGAAUUUAUAUAGAUUGAGCUGUUUUUGCGUUACUUUUUUAGCCAAAAGGCAGAAAGUAGGAUACAGAUGUAGUGCUACUCAGUCAACCUCAGUACUUUUUGUGUCGAGACUGACUGAAAUAGCAAAACACUUUAGUAAGUUUCCGUGAAAAUACGAUGGAAAAUAAGUAUACAUAUGUGCUACAUCUGUAUUUUGAUGCUGAUUUGUGUUUAGGUCGUCAGUUGAGGCGUGAUGUACCGAAAUUUUUCGGUACAUGUACGUGUCCCAAAAUUUCGGUACAUGAUGCUAAGCCCGCGAACUGUAUAGUCGCGAUUCGAUGUCUAUUAGUGAAAUUAUGUUAGUUUAGGCGUAGACCACUGACUAAAGUAUUUCUUCUUCAACGCGGACUCUUUAUAUAUUGCCAGACACUGCCAGCUUAGGGUGGUAUUCCACCUGUCCAAAUUGUCCAAUUUAUUUGUCCAAUGCUCAUUAAGCAAAAUGUGAGACGCAAAUACACAUUAGACCAACAUAUUGAACAGAUGAAUUACCAUCCUUAUGUUGACUUUUAUAUUUUGGUUAUUUGAGAUGAAAGUUCAUGUAGUAAGCAGUACUAUUGAUUCUGGACAUCAGUGGCACACUAUGCAUAAUAUAACAACUUUAUUGUAUUAAUUACGUACUAUAUAAAUAUAAUAGAAAAAUGCGGCACAUUUUUAAACUGUAGGCGCAGAGUUGUCCGACCCAUAGAAAAUUUAAAUUUCGCGCCUUUUUCUACUGACAAACUGGGUGUGCCAGAUACCUCUUCUAACUCUUUUCUUCAGUGUAUAUUCAUUCAAUUUAUGGCUUAAAGGACUCGCAUCUAGGCCAUAAUUGUUUAAAAAAAAACAUUUUUUUUGCAGUGUCAGACAAAAUAUUGACAUUUGCUUUCUCGAAAUUGUGAAAUAUUCGUACUAUAAAAUGUUGACGAAAAUCUUCAGAACUAUCGCUAUACUAGUUUUCACUGUAGUACCAUAUGACGUUUAUUAAAGUAUAAAUACGAAUUAUAAAAUAUAUGAAUACGCCAGCCUUUCAGCACAAUACAUGUCCAGUAUUUAUAAGGAGUUGUUGUUAUACUUAUACGUAAAGUCAGCAGCAGAAGCUGCUAAGCGGGCGAGGUGCUCAAAAUUACCUUGACACGCUCUUAUUCUCUUAACAAUAAUGUCGCGUCAAGAUCAUUUUGAACAUCUCGCCCGCUUAGCAACUUCUGCUGCUAACUGUACUAGCAGUGGAAUGGUACAGUUCGAUUUAUGAGAGUAGCACGAGAUUUUGUUCUAAUCUAACAAUAUUUUUAUAAACACUCGGCUCUCUUGUGAAUCGAUGUGUAUCUAAGGCGGUUAUCACACUGGUUGCGUUGCGCACGUCGUGCCAAUGUUUGAGCGAGACAGCGCUAUGCGCGUAUUAAAGCGACAUCCCGCUUGCAUAUCGGAGCGACGUGCAUAUCGCAGCCAUUGUCACGCCUAAGUCAAACAAGCACAAAUUUGGUAGUUUUUUCGCCUGAAUAGGCAAUUUGAACCUUGUUGUAAUAACUACAAGGUUGAAAUUGAAAUAAUUACAUUUGUUUGAAAGCUUGCUGGUACUCGGAAGGCUAUUUGUCAUAAUUUCGGAUUGAGAUCGCUUUAGCGCUCGAUGAGUUGUCUCUGUAUGUUUUAUUGGAAUAGACAAGGAUGGAUAUAAUGAAACUGACUAUGCGGUUAGCUGUAGUGAGUUUCACGGUCGAGAGAGCGGCAAGAAAAUAGGUAAUGUCUGUUUUCAGCUCACUUUUGUGAUUGAUACAGUUGUAGUGCAUAGUUGUUUUCCAUCGUAUUUUGUCGGAAACGUUCGUAUUUGUCAUGCUACUUCAUUCAACCUCAGUACUUUAAGUACCAAGACUGUCUGAAAUAGCAAGACACGUUCGUACGUUUCCGUGAAAAUACGAUGGAAAAUAAUUAUGCACUACAUCUGUAGAGUACGAACGCGCUACGCACUGCCAUUUACUGCGGCGUAUCCGCCAUUUUAGUCAAAGCGCUUUACGCUUGACCUUCGCGCUUUCAUACUGUCAUGCUACAAACUGUCUCUUUUUAACUCGUAACUCUGCUCUCUCGGCCCGCGGCAAUGACUCGCGACAGAGGAAUUUGAUGUAACGGCGACUGUUAAGAGCUUAAUGUUGUUAUGUUCCUCAUUUUAAGUGAUUUUCUUAUAUUAAAAAAUGUAUACUCUAUGUAAAAUUAGAAUAUAGUUAUCUUUCUUUGUUUUAGAGCUUACUUUUUAGUUUUUAGCGAAUUUACUGUAUGACGAGAAAAUGAAUUGAAAAAUGUGUAUAUAAUAUU